AUGGUGCGCUUGCUGAUUGAGAGCGGUGCCGAAGAGGACACAGCCGCGGACUAUGGGGCCACACCUGUGUUCGUCGCAAGUCAAAGCCUCAGUGGUCAUCUUGGUGUGGUGCACCUGCAGGUGGAGAAUGGUGCCGACAAGGAUGAAGCAGCGGAAGUUGGUGCCACACCUGUGUUCAUCGCGAGUCAGAAUGGUCACCUUGAUGUAGUGCGCCUGCUAAUUGAGAAGGGUGCCGACGUGGACAAAGCAGCCGAAGAUGGUGCCACGCCUGUGUUCAUCGCAAGUCAAGCUGGUCACCUUGAUGUGGUGUACUUGUUGGUUGAGAAUGGCGCCGACAAGGGUGUGUCAGCGGAACGAUGGCGUCACGCCUGCUUUUCAUCGCAAGUUAAAAUGGUCAAGUGGAUGUGGCGCGUCCCGACCCGGACUCACCAAGGACUGAUGGUGCCACGCCUGCCUACAUCGCAAUUCAGAAUGGUCACCUUGAUUUGGUGCGCUUGCUAA